UUUUUUAGAUGUCUCCGGAUCGCGUGGAGGCUGGGACGUAUCGCUUUCGCGCGCACUCUUUGGAAAUUGUUCCGAUCCCGAACAGAAACUGUCGUUAGCGGCCCGGACAACUGAGUGGUGACAAAAAUAUCUUAAUUACCUAGUGUUUUGUUUUGUGAUGGAUGGUUCGCCUAUACUGUGGAACAAAGUAUUGGAGUGUCUUGUUUAGAAGUGACUAUAAAACAACAAAGAAAUAUAAAACGGAAGCCAGUGUCAAUGCAUCGUAUACUACAGAAAUUACUUUUGUCGCGCGAUAUAAAUUUGCUGCAGUAAAAGUGUUACUCGCCGCCGCCGCAUAACGCUCAGUUCGCUACGACUUUUGUUUCGCGCUACAAAGUGGUGUUGUGAUGUUUCCACUUUCGCCUAUAAAGGGCGGCAUUGCCGAAAAUUUGGCUGUGUAUGAAGAUGGGCCAUAAAAGUGAAUUAUUCUGUUCCCGCGGUGGCAAGAUGCUACUUACGGUAUACGCGGCCCUUCUUCUCUGGAGGAUAGACUGCGUCGUCGAGAGUACCAAAGUAAUAAAAAGCAACAUGAGGCAUCAGACAACAUUGCCUAUCACGAAAGUGGGGCCCACAGCGUCAUUGCGGGAUGCUGAGCCUGAUUUCAUAGGGCCCAUAGAAAAUGUCACCGUGGCGCUUGGCAGAGAAGCUGUUCUUACCUGCUCGGUGUCUGAUCUUGGGGAUUAUAAGGUGGCGUGGAUCCGCGCCGAUGACCAGACUAUCCUAACUCUUCACAAUCGCCUGGUGACGCACAGCUCCCGGUAUGCCGUCAUCAACGACUCGCCCAGGUCCUGGCAGCUGCACAUACGACCCCUGAAGGUGGAAGACAGGGGCUGCUAUAUGUGCCAGAUUAACACCAGCACUAUGAAGAAGCAGAUUGGAUGCGUUGAUGUUUUAGUGCCUCCAAAUAUCGUGGAUGAAGGUACGAGCGGGGAUCUGGUUUCCCGGGAAGGUCAGGACGUCAGCCUUUCGUGCAAAGCUGAAGGUAGACCUCUCCCAAGAAUUCUAUGGCGAAGAGAAGAUGGAGCCAACAUACAGUUGAGGAAUGAAGCUGGAGAGCUUCGGAAAGUGGACAUGUUCAUGGGGCCUAGCCUGAACCUGUCCAAAGUGGAGCGUCGCCAAAUGGGCGCGUAUCUCUGCAUCGCUUCCAACGACGUGCCUCCGUCCGUCAGCAAGAGAAUAAUGCUUAGCGUUACUUUUCCGCCGUCAACUUUAGUGGCAACUAAAGUGAUCGGCGUGCCCACAGGCUCGCAGGCCAGACUCGAGUGUUUCGUCGAAGCGUACCCUCAAGCCAUCCACUACUGGCUGAAGAGCGGCGAGGAAAUGAUAUUAUCUGGUGGCAAACACGAGAUAUCCGAAGAGCGUGUGUCCCCAUACCAGCUACGAACUAUACUAAUAGUAUCGCAGUUUGACUCAGAAGAUGUGGGGACUUAUACAUGCGUCGCUACCAACACUAUGGGAAAGGCUGAAGGGACUUUACGGUUAUAUGAAAUAAAAAUAACAACAACGACGACGACGACUACAACGACAACUACAACUACUACAACGACUACAACUACAACUCCUGCGCCGACUACAACUGAACCGCCACCACGGUUCGUCGUGCCGCUCCAACCGGCUGAACAAAAGUUCUAUACACCAGAUGUCACAACAUAUGACACAAUGCAGAACGUGAUCGAGCAGUCCGUUCUGGACAACAACUGGCUACCGACUGCGGAAUCAGCAGCUAACAGCCACUUACCAGCCUUCUCGCUCCCCACUCUUGCGCUGAUCUCAGUGCUGCCAUAUCUAAAAUAUAUUAUCUUUAGUAGUUUUAAUGCGUUCGUUCUAAUUAGCAGGGAUUUUCAAAUUGUAACGAAAGGUGCAAGAUGAUAAGUUAUGUUGCUAACACGGAGAAUCAGUGUCAAUUUAGUACGAUAGAAAUGUGUUUGCCACCAAGAAGUUAGUUACUAGUUUUGCUUGGAUUUUUUUAAUGCAAAUUAAUAAAGUAUGUGAUCAUUUUGCAUGCCACUGAAUUGCGAAAUAAAUAAUUCUUUGAGUAUAUUUUCAUUCCAUUUAAAUCCUUCUUAUCUAAUUCAAACAUGUCAGUAUACGUUUUUGAUAUCAACUGUUUUCAAUUCAGUGAUGCCAAAUGAUCUUACCUUACGAAAAUAAGUUUUUAAAUAAACUUAACAUUUCAAUUGAAAUCAACCCUGACUAUGUAAUAUAAUUAAAAACUAGUUAAUCACUAUGAAAAUAAUCCGAAGACAUUAAUUUAAAACUAAAUAACGUGUAAGAGUAUGUAAAAACGUUACAUAUGUAAAUAGUUACCAAGUUAUUAGUGUUUCGAAAUUAUUGUGAUGGAAUUAUACAUUAAAAGUAUUUAAGUGUCAAAAGCCUACUCAAGAAUGACUAAUUUCACGUCUGACUUACCUUUCAUUUAAGAUCGAAAUGCUGUUUUAUUUGCAUGUCCUAAAUAAACUGAAAAUAUUGAUAUAGGUACUGGCCUUUUUUUAAUGGGAACAUUUAUUCUGGAAAGGCAAAAAAAGUUUUGUUAUUUCAUAAAGUUAGUCGUAACUGUAAGUACGGGGGUGGUUUAUGACUGUUUCCACGAGUACAUUUUCGGGUAGGCUUGAGGUUAGUCUAAUGUACAAAUACAAUAAAUUAGUACGAGUAUAGCGGUGUUUUGAACACAAGAACUGAUGGAAAAAGUUUCGUUUUUUAUGAAUGUUUAUGUUGUUAAGUUAUCUUUUAUAAAAUAAAAUGUGAUUUUUGUGCCAUAUAUUUAUUAAGUGCGUAUAAGUGGAUUACUUUUUUCUUUCGUAAUAAUAUGAAAUAAUGUUAAAAGGACAGAUAUAGCAUGAUUUAAGGAAAUCAUUAUUAAUUCUAAUAGGAAUUAUGAAAAAUUACAGAAGUUUUUCUCAAGUACUUCAGAAUCUUGCCUUUUUAAGUUCGUUAGUUAUUAUAGUUAUGAAAUUAUUUGCUCCGAAGCUAUUUGUUUAAGCAACUUUAGAUUUGUUUAAAAAUGGCAGACUGACGAAUUUUGUACGGUGUAUUUGUAUGUGAAAGGUAUGUUAUAAAUUAGAUGGCCUAACAAAUAAAAUUAUUUACCAUUUUCCACGUAUAACAGAAGUUUAAUAAUCAUACUAAAGCAUAUCAAAUAAAUGUAUAAAUAAAUUGUAAAUAGUAAUAGGAUAACAAUUAGUAAGCAAGGGAAGUUUCUUAAAGUUUGCGAAACAAAGACAGCUGUCUUCGAAUUUGUUUUAAAACCAUUUAAAUUCUUAGUGAGAAGUUCUGUUGUUUUUGCUUUCAGAUGUUUAUUUUUUUGGUUCUGUUCGUGAUGGGAGCGAAGUUUGUGUCCACGUCCAUACAAUGCUUUGACCAUGUCUUUGGCAUAAAUUAAAUUUGAAAAUUGACCCACAUUGAGUUGGGAAGAAAUUGCGAAAAAUUAAUAUCUAUUUAAGAAAACAAUAGAGCUGUAUAGUUUUCGUUGCCAAAAUUUAUGAUGGUUACAGUAAAAAAAUGUAUUUUCCAAUUCGCCUCGCGUUCAUUGCUUACAAUACUUUUAAUAAAGAACUGUCAAAGUGAAAUAUCAAAUAUUAUCUCGAAUGAUACAAUAUAAUAAAAUCUAAAGUAGCUUGGUCCCUGCGGGUCAAGUUUCAAAUAUAAUUUGGGUCAAUAGCAGCGGUCAAAAAAGGACAACACCCUUUAUGCAUAUAAAUGUUUAUUACUAUUUCGUGUUUCAUAAUAUUACAGUAGAAAUUGGGAAUACAGAGCCUUUACGCGAAGGAUAAAUAUAUUGUAAUGUGUGACAUAAGCGAUUUUCGAAUUUAAUUUUGGUUUGUAAUUAUUUACAGUAAUAUUCCUUAAUUUGAUUAUAAAUACGUCAAUUUCGCAGUUGUGAACAUCUAUCUGACUGGAUUUACAACAGUGCUUUUGCUUUAUAAAUCAGAAAUCAAAAACCUAUAAUCAUUUCACACAUCGCCGAUGUCAGCUCUAAUAUCCAGUAAUGCGUUUGUGUUGGACUCGCUGAUAAUAUUAUUUCGUUGCCAAAAAUGGAUAAUCUUCAUAAUUUUAUUAUUACAGUAUAAAACCAGAUAUAUAAGUUAUGUGUAUUUUGGUUUACUUAAGUAAAUACUUAUUCCUGUCUACUUGAAUUGCUAAAUUAUUUUAAUAUAAGCGUUAUUUAGUUUUAGGAAGAACGUUAUGUACAUAAUUGCUGGUAAACUAGUCGUAAUCGCUAUAUACUUAGUUAGGUAUUGUUAUAAUAAUAGACAACUGCCGCGGCAUAAUGUAAAUAAAUAAGAAAUAUCAUUAAACGAACAAUUUAUAAUUAA